UUCCGCCUGCUAGCGGCAGCUGUCAUGGUUCUUGAGCCGCCUCGAUUACGCUGGUCUGCCGGGUUCUCUCUCGCUUGGGUGCCUGAUGCCCCCAUGGUCUGCAUGUGUUGAGAGUCAAUAUUGAUAUGGAACGCCUCAGCUAGUAUUUCGCCAUGGGCCAUGCCCGAUUGACAAGAGGCACAGCUGUCAGGUCACAUCCUACAUCCCAAAGUCUCUACUUCUGCAUCUCCUCCUCUCUCAGUUGCACCACAGUCUACUCCAGCAUUCCUUGUCAACAACAUGCCGGUAUCGCAUAUCGGUCUCACGGUCUCGCACAUCCCUUCUGCUACUUCAUUCUAUCUCGCUGCCCUCCAGCCGCUGGGAUAUCGGUUCAUUGGAUGGCAAGGCGAUUCCAUCGGACUCGGGAUCGAAUCGGCCGACUUCUUCCUCACGCAGUCGAGCAGAGAUACCCGACCAUCUCCAAACCACAUCGCUUUCCUUGCCAAGGACCGCGCUGACGUCCGAGAAUGCUACGCCGCUGCUCUGAAUGCUGGAGGGCGACCAAGUGGUGCACCACAAUAUCGCAAUAAGACGUGCACUUGCUUCAACGCUGCUGUAGAAGACCUAGACGGAAACACGAUCGAGUUCAUCUACCGGCAGGAACAUGGCGAAGCUGGUUGCGAAGGAGAGGCUACUCCGUCGGAGCAGUCCAGCAGGGUUCAAAGCUGGCGUGAAGAGGUGGCCGAAGGCGGCGUUGAAGAGGAUGCACGAUCUGUGGCAUCGGUGAAAUUCCACGGCUCAAAGAUGUCGGAAGCGAAGUCUACCAUGCAGACUGCGGUUGAUCUUGCAUCGGCCACGUCCGAGUCGUUGAAGUCGGAAGAGCCCUAUCUGGGCCUCACCAGAGCGAACACGGCGCCGGUGAAGUCGGACGCUGGCGGUAAGUCAUUGCUCGGAGCGGCGUUGGGUGCUGCUGCUGGCGUUGCCUUGCUAUAUGCCAUGCACCAGACCGAGAGAAAGAACGCAAGGGAUGAAGCAGACUUUCGGGCAUCAAUGAAAUCCAGAUCUGGCUCCAAACCAAGAUAUGUCCCAUCGAGAAGCAUGCCUUUGCCGCCAGGACCACCCCCAACGGCGAUCAGAGCCCAGACAGCCGUGCCAUGCUCAGUGCCACGAGAGGCAACUACGCCUUCAGCACCACAGGAGACAACAGUACCCUCAGCACCACAGGAGACAACUCCGCCUUCAGCACCACAGGAGACAACAGUAACCUCAACACCACAGGAUGCAACAUCUGCCCGUCUCGUUCAGCCUGAGAAGAAUCGCCAUCGCAACUUCAGCACGACCGAGUCCGCUUACAGCACUCGUCGUCCAGCCGACCGCUCGACUCAGGCCCAACGCAUGAUCCAAGCGACGGGCUACAACGAUCAAGACGCCGCCUUGCAAGAAUUGUUCGACCGCAACAACCACCACCGUCCUAUGCCAACUCGUAGCAAGACUGAACAUGUGUACGACUAUGUUCCCGCGUCCAGCGCUGAUCGUAAGACACCUGACCGUCGCGAUGAGGCCUCGACUGCCGAGUCCACGGCUGCCAGACCACGCCGCUCUCAUGCUCGCCAUGACUCCGUGGUGAACAUGCAGUCCUCCUCCCAAGCCCGUCGAGCCUCGGCCUACGACACCUUGCCAGCCCGUCCGGAGUCCGUUAUCGACACAGCAACCUAUCACCCAGCCGCAAUCUCUCUGCCCGGCAGCUCCACAUUCUCACGCACCUCCAGUCGGUACGACGCCAAGCAGGACCCAGCAACGACUUCGAAGGCGAAGUCCAAGUCGACGUUCAGAGCACAACCACCGCUGGCACCGCUUCAAGCAUCUGAACAGUCCUGGGAGAACUUUCGUGCCGAAACAACCGACGAUGACGACUACCACAGGUCUUACAAGUACAAGUCCAGCCGCGACGAUCGCUACGGAGCGGGAGAAGAAAGCGACGGUCUGGGCGAUGUCAAAACUGUGGUGCCGGACGACAGCAUCUCUUGCGUGGACUUAUCCCAGCACAGGCGAAGACGGAGGAGGAAAGAAGGCGGCAGUACGAGUGGAAGAACUACGCGACCGUCCAGUUAA